GCUGAAAAACAACCGGACCCUAUAAUAAUUAUUGGUCCUCCAUCAAUUCUAGAAUGGCUCAGAUAUUAUGGGAACUUUUGUGAAACCCUCAACUUCAGGUAACACAACGAACAUGAUACUGUCACACUUUCAGCUUACUAAAAAUGUUUGCUAUUUAUUUAUUUAUUAUACUUUGCCGAUUUCACACAAUCUGCACAAACACAAAUACAAACACAAGAAUAUUAUACAACCUAUCAAUCAGAGCAGGGUAUAUGCUACAGCUUACGCCAACAUAUACAGCGGUCCUUACGAAAUGAACAUGACACAUUCUUCAUUAGAUCUUUAGUAAUAUAAAAGGGCCAGUUUGCACGCAGAAAAACCCUCCACAGUGUUACACAGUGCUAAAGUUACACAGUGCUAAAGUCACUAUGAUUAUAUGCUGUUUCACGAAACGAAAAACAGACUUUACAACAACUAUAUUGAUUUUGUUUUAAGAUUCUAUGAUUCAUGCAAGUUUCGAGCUGACUACAGAAUGGGAAACGGAAUUCUGUCUUCAUUACUGGAAUCAAAGGUUGUUAUAUCACAAGAAAAUCUCUUCAUAUCUUUAUUUAAUCACUGAAUGGUUUAUUCCAGCUAUACUAAACACUAAAUUUUGAUCUAGGCAAGAAGAAAAAAAUCCAUCACCACAUCUAGAAAGAGCAUGUUAAAAUUAGUGAAAUUGCAAAGUUUGGUUGUGAAAUGUUGUACAAAAUUUGUGCAUUUUGUGUUCAUUUGUAUUACGCACGGUAAAAUGCACCACCUUCAGCGCAAAUGUGGUGGAUUUUCCUGUGUGUAAUACAAAUUAAUACCAGGGUUCGUAGCAGUCUUUGAAAUCCUUGAAAGUCUUUAAAUUUGAAUGCAGGUUUUUAAGGUCUUUGAAAAGUCUUUGAAUUGUGUGAAAAAGCGAAGAAAGUCUUUAAAAGUCUUUAAAUUCCUUAGUGAGUAUUUGAUUAUACGAUUUCCUAGCUAAUAAAAAAUAGAUGGAUUGAAGCAAGAUUUUUCCAAAUAUCGAUGAAAAGGUGCAUUUUAUGAUGUGAUUUGAUGGGACUAAUUACUGGGUAAAAAUGGUGCUUACACUCGCAAUUUUUUGACAGCUGAUUGCUCUCAAAGGUCUUUGAAAAGUCUUUGAAAAUAGGCAGAACAAAUAUUUGAAAGUCUUUGAAGUUUUUUGGUCUUGGAGACUACAAACCCAGAAUACAAAAUUCGCAAAUUUCGCAGGGCUAUAUUUUCUGCAUUUUACAACAUUUUGCGGCCAAACUUUGCAAUUCUACUAAUUUUAACAUGCUCUUGCUAGCUGUGGUGUCUUCUUGUCUAGAUCAAAAUGUAGUCUAUAGCUGGAAUUGCCUAUAUUUAUACAGUCAUCCAGUCUCAUGAUGAUUUCCAUUCAUUUUACAGGUGUCGAUUGUGCCGGUAAAACAUUGCCCCCGUGCAUUUGGUUUGGUUCUGAGUCACAAAAAUGAUUGGAAACUAGUGUACUCCGGAGACACAAGGCCUUGCCAUGGUCUUGUUCAGGAAGGAGUCAAUGCGACCGUGCUUAUUCAUGAAGCAACUUUAGAAGAUAAUCUUCACAAUGAAGCUUUAGCUAAACAACACAGGUAAAAGGACAGAAUAUUACUGCACUGUUCUCAAGGACGUAACCAGGGGGAUGGGGCAUAUUAAACACACACCCAUCCAAUAUUUGUUUAUAAUGUCUAGG